AUGCAGCAUGUAGUUGCACUGGUAGUUGCAAUCGCAAUCGCAGUUGCAGUUACACUCACGCUUGACGACCGAGACACUACACUACCCUACGUACCCUCCGCUAACUGCAUCUACCUGUUGUCCAACCUAGCACCGGCCGGAGUUGGAGGUCCUCUCGGGCGGUUGCAACGCAACACACGCGAGGAAAGUCUGGAGUCUCCCGAAGCCACUUUACGCGACUACGCCGCAUGGAGUUUGGCUACUGUUUAG